CUUUCCAAGCAGCACACACAACCAGUUGACGCUGGGGCACACUCGCAAACACACAUUUUUUUUUCUUCCUGCCACUCAAACACUGGAGGAAAAGGGCACCAAUUAUACUUCACUGCUGCCUGAGCAGUCACACACAACCUUCUUUUCCUCCAAUUGUUCUUCAUACACGCACACACCGUGCAGCAAGCAUCGUUUGUGUAAAAGUCAAAAAAUCAAUUUCGGGCGCAAGGAUUGAAAAUUCGACUUAGACAAAGAUGUAAAGUAUGCAGUUGCUAAUAAGUGCUAGAACUGGCUUGCACAGCGUGCGCUACCUAACACAACCAUCACCAACACUGCCGUCAGUGAAGUGAAACGUUCCGGUUCCCUUUGCUACGGUGGAGCCUCGCACCAUCAGCCACCGUCUAGGAUUGCAUGCGUUGUUAAAUGAGUCUCCCGUCACGCAAUGCCCAGCCUGGUGUAACUCAUCAAAGAUGAUAGUGAGUUUCUUCCCCGACAGUGUCUGGGGAUGUACAGUGAAGCAGCAUCAAAAGCAGAAACACCUCCUGUACCAUAAGAUCAUCUACACCCUCAUUAGCGAUAAGUACAAAAACCGAAUCCUGCGCAAGUCGUCCUUUGCGCUGCUUUAUCUGUCGUACGUGUUUAUCAAGAUGCUUCCGGUGACGCUCGCGAUCGAAACGCAUACUGGCACCAAAUCGAUCACCUCGCUUGCAGCAAAGACGCGCCCGCUGCCAGAAAUGGUUGCACCACCACUCGACGAUGAGGACGACGAUUACUUCGACGACUAUGUUGAUGAGUACGACAUAGUAAACAAUAAAUCGGCGAAGGGAAUGUACGUCGGGGCACCGUGCGAGUUUACGUGCCACGCCAAGCUACAUCACGUGUACUGUGAUCCUACGACUAACACCUGCAGCUGCGAGAAAGAUUACGUCGUGCUGAUUGGAAUACUGAAAGGAUGUGCCAAGCCCAAAAAACUUGGGGAACAAUGCUUCUACCAUCAGACUUGCAUCUACAAUGACGAGCACGCGAUGUGCGUGCAGAUCGUCCACAAUGCCAUCUGUCAAUGUGCGCCCGGUUUCCACUCCGUUAGCUAUUCGAAGCCAACGAAACGUGUCUUCUGCACACAAGACAUGGCCACCAUAACUGCGGAUCUUCCGACGCUGUUCGGUGUCACGAGCGGCAUUGCCGUGCUGGCGGGGCUCAUUUGCAUGGUGCUGCAUUUAUUUAGCAAAACAAAAUAUCCUCGACCUAGGCAUUUCGGUGAUGCGAACCUCGCACCGCCCAUACUCUUUUCCAGUGAUACAGGGAUACCAUUGACAAUACAGUCGGCAAGACCGUCAUCUCGUUCCAGUCAGCGCUCGAGCGGUUCCAUCGGUUCCUAUGGCAAUCGGCGAUCGUCCAGUGCGCCGCUGCACGGCUCCAAAGGGGUCCUGGUGUCGACCUCCCGUACAGGUUCCCGAAGACCCAGUCUAGCUUCCGUGCAUAGCACCAGUUCGUCCGUGCGGAGCUACAGCAUGCGUCGGUUUGAGCAGGAGAUUCAGCAGAAGGAGUUGCGGCAGGAGAUGAAGCGGCACCUGGCACGGCUCCAGGAGCAGCAGCAGUUACAGAAGAUCAAACCCAACAUCAUCAUCGGUGAUGUGAUAUCGUGCCCUAUGAACAAACCGAUACUGACGACCCCCAGCCCGAUGACUCCGAACUCGGUCGACGACAUACUACCGUCGGUGGACGAGACGCAGGAGUUCUCGCCCAACCUUAGCCAACGAUCGGUGAGCGAUAGUACGGGCGGAUGUUUUGACGGACCGUGCAGCUCUACGGAAUUGUUGAAAUAGUGGAUGCACUUUAGGCAAGGUGAUUGUAGGCAAAUGUUAUAUAGCAACCCAUUUUAUGGAAAUUUUUAGACGGAUAAGUAAAACAAGUAAACAAACAAGAAACCCCCGAACAAGCAACCGAAACCUAGACGAACCGAGCGUGGCGUAAAUGGUGGCAAACGUGAGCACUACAUGAUGGUCACGGAACUUUAUCUGCCCUCGCCUGCCGAAUGGAAAACUUCCCCGAGCCGCUGAGAACAUGCUGGAACGCGCGCUUGGGGACGUAGUCGGCGAACCAAAACGGAUCAAGUAAACGAAGCUGUAACUAAAUCAAAACGUUCAUCGUGACGUUGGCUGUAUCGGUGCACGUGUCACAACGCAAAUCGGUUGAAAUUGUGUGAUCUUUUCCUUGCAUUAUAAUCUGUUGUGAGCUAUUACCGCAAAGCAAUAAUAAGAUACAGAGAGACGGUACACGGUCCUCAUUAUGCGCGCUUGCGACAGUACUAGUUUUCAUUCAGUAACCAAUAAUUAGCAACACCAAAACGCAUCGUUAACCUUAUAUUUUCUCACUUUUGUUAGGGUACGAACGAUUGGAAAAUUAUCCAGUUUGUUAUUAUUAUGUGACAUUUAUUGCUAAUUUACACUAGCGGUAGUUAAGUUUAAAUCGAGAUCACAUUUUACACACCUAAUCACAGCAGUUCCCUGCGAGCAAAGGAAUACGGCCUCAGCAAACGUGUGCUUCGGUGUGGGACAGCACCAUUGGCGCAUCAUUCUUAUGACUACCUUCAACACGAACAUAGUAGCAAAGCGCUAGUUUCGGCGAGUCGCUAUAUUAUGGGCAAGCCAUAGUUUGUAUUACCAACCUAUAUCCCAAAACGCCCCAAUAAGACACACAAGACACGCACACAGAUUACAGAACACUAUUACGAUAAAUGCCCUUACUAAUGUUGCAACAGUUAUUGCCAGUAGCCUUUGACCAGUCAGACGCGCGCGCGAGUUGUGCGGUAAUGUUUUUUAAAUUCAUCUAUUCAAACCAGUUUCAAACCAUUUUUGUAAACAACCGUAUUUCGAUUUGCAUACGAUUUCAGCUAAAUCUAUAGUAAGACAAAACUACUUAAAAGCAAAGCAAUUUGAUUCCAAGUUUUCAAUAGAAUUUUUACGUAGACAACAAAAAAACGCAAGGUCUAUAAGGUAAAAAACCCAGUCAGUAGCAGCAGCAGCAGCAGCAGCAGUAGCAGCAAAUUGCAGCUGAAUCAAAAAAUCAGAAACUAUGUUGGGUGUGCAACCUAUAUACGAAUGAUACGUCGCUAUUGCACACCGGUACGGUGAGCCGAAACCGACACGCGGCAGAUAUAAACCGAAAGCAGAAAGCAGAAACCCAGUAAAAUUAGCACGUUCAUGUUGACUUAAAUGUUGUAUUAAUGUUAAGACAAGUAAUAAACAUCAACGGGAUUAUUCGUGCUCAGCCUUAGGCAUAACAUAUAAACUGAUAAGGAUUCUCAGGAUCAGGAUUUGUUUGGUUCUGGGAGAAAACUGAAGAAAGACGAGCUAUAACAUCGGACAGGCGGUCGGGAGGAGUCUACGGAACUGUUUCUGCUGGACUCCGGCUCGAGCAUUGUUCGAGUAAUGGGGCGGAAAGGGAAGAGGAUAAGCGUGACGAUACAGUGAGGUGGAUGAAUUGAUUAAGAAAUAAUUCUAAAAUACAAAACCAUUACUUUAUACAAGUAGCGUGUAGCGUGUAAGGCGAACUGUUCUGUUGACGUGGAAUGUGAUGAUGAUGAUGAUGAUGAUGAUAAAGGAUGUAGACAAACAAAAAUGCAUUGUACUCUAGCUCUUAACUUUCCCAUGUGCGGCAAAUGCUAUCCAAGCGAUUCGUGUAUCCAAGCUGUCGUGUUUUAGUACCCUGUUAGUGAAUGAUGCAGGUUUUUCAUAUUUCAUUUUCGAUGUCUUUUUUAUGUUUAAUUCAUCCUAUAAACUAUUUGACUACAGUGCUAUUUGAUUUUUACUGUAAGGUAUUACGUUUAAAUUGUGAUCGAAAGAGAAUGUCUCUUGGCUGCCGUUUAAUCAGUUGAAUCAGAGAACUUUGAUGAACAAAUAAAAUUCUAAAUUCUUUGUUUUGUAGAAUACGCAUAGUCAUUAGACUAAUUAUUAUUACAUUUUCAGAAUUAGUCCUUAUCACUGGAGGACGUUCCGGAUCGUAAAAAGUAUAAAAGUCUUGUCUUGCAAAAGUGUUUGCUUGCUCCAAUUUAACAAAGAGUUGAAAUACUCAAAUCGAUAAAGUCAACAUUUUAAGAUGUAAUUUUGAAAUGAGAAAAUGAAAUUGAUUUAUUAAUUUUAAGCUUACUUUUUUAUGUUAAACUUGAAUAAUGAAUUGUGUUUGCAUAAUUCGCAUACGCAAUCGACAGCAACCGAUUUCUAGAGGACAAUCAGCAAGAGUUCUUUCCUUUCUUAUACAUUUAUUGCAAUUGCUUUUCGAAAUGUGUUGCAUCUGAUAGUGAAUCAAUCAGCUUAAUAUUUCAUUUAUUGUGAUUUUUCUCAUCGCAACAAAUAUUGAUUAUACAUGAUAGUGGGGUUUUUAUUUUAAAUUCCAUCAAUUAAUUCUUUUGUUGAAAAUGAGGCGUGACGUGCAUUCUUCUUCGAUCAUAUUUUCAACGUAAUAACUUAUGUAUAUCACAUCUCUCCCAAUACGUCAUCAGACUAACGCAGUUCUAACAAUUUUAGAUAAAUACUCUAAUAAAUUAACUGUCGGACUAGUAUGUUUUAUUGUAAUUAAGUCAAUAUCAAAGAGACGAAUGUAAACUAAACAAUUUUAAUUGGGAUUUGUAUUUUUUACAUACAUACACAUUGUGAAGUUUUGUAAAAAUUAUUUAAUUUUGGUUCGUUACUGUAAGCAUUUAAAGAACUUCGAUACGAUAGAGAUAAAAAUCUACAAAUUGAUACAAAAAGAUGUCAAAAUAGACAUGCUCAAGAUAGCAGAAGUUUUGAAGAAAGAAAUAAUUCAUGUACAAAUUGGAGUUUCUUUACAAAAAUAAUAUUGUGAUAAUUAUGAUACAAUGUCAAUGGAUGUUGAACUAAAUAUUUUAUAAUUUCAUCUAAUUUAGCAAAGAACCAUGUGUCUUUAUUUGCAAGGUAUUAGUAGCUGCCUUUUCUGAUGAAUGUCAUAAUAAUUUAUCAUAUUGUUGUAUGGUUCAUUGCGAAUGAGAAUCCCAGCCAAAAACUACAACGCUUUGAGUUCAAAAAUGUUAGAACUGUGUUAGACUGGUUACAUAUGGAGUGAAGAUUAGUCGUUUACGUUCGAUUUUAUUCCUACUUAUUGAUUGCAGGCCAAAACCGCAAAGCGGUUGUAGCGCCGGAUAAACUAAUUGAUUGACCAGUAAAGCUAACACAAAAUGUUUUGCAGAAUUGUUCGGAAUUGAUUACAGCAUCUUACACUCUAGCAGUACGCUUCUCGGUGAGCCUCAAAACAAUUAGCCUCACUUAAACUGCUUUCCACAUUACUAGUUGUGAACAUAACAAAAUCGCCAUGGAUACCAUUUUGCUUUCUUUCCAACCAACUCUUCCGUAUGUACAAAAAUGUUAAAUGUUUUUUCGGGGGAGCGGGCGUACACAUUACAUACCUUAAAUCUUCCCUCUCUUCGUUCUCUCCCGUGCUUGUGGAGUGUGUGUAUGUUGGAGUAUAUUUUAAAUUAGGACAUAUUAAAUUAAAACAGCAAGUUAAUAAAUUAAAAAAACAAGAAUAUUUUCGGUGAGGGUGGACAAAAAAUUCGAACCAAUUAAAUAGCAAGAGAAGGUUUAAAGAUACAAAAGUUUAAUCCACUUAAAGUCAAACUUUGAUUACCAUUCAUGUUUUCUCUCGGUUCUUGAACCUAUUUAUAUGGCGUUGAGAAACAGAAGUAAAGUGUAUGGAAACCGCGAAGAAGCAGCUAGAGAAGUAAACAGAAUGAACAAACCCCUUUCUAUACACGUCAAAUGCAUUGAUAUUAUAACUUUAAUAUUGAAAAUAGACUGAUAUAUCUAUAGACGAGUCGAGGAUACAUCACCGUACACCAGAAGCGCAGACCAGCAAACUUAAACGUGCAGAAAUGAGUGAAUGAACAAAUAGAAAAGACAAAAGAAAAACUCGUAAAAAACGACUACUCCAGCAAGAUCUUUGAGCAGGAAUGGAAACAAAGUACUAAUCAAACAACCUCCCAUGCUUCUGGUAGAAGCAAGUUAAAAGAGUUGUCAGCAGGAAACAAACUUUAUGUCGUGCUUGAUCGCGCAGCAUCGAUAAACGUUAUUGCGCUUCUUUUCGUUUAGGCGAAGCUAUCGCAAACUCGUCGUUGUUAGCUGUGUUGUUUGCGCACUCGCUGCGCAACGAUACAACAUGGUUGCCAUGGCUAUGGAACAACAUUCUCGGAUGGACAGCUUCUUGGUGAGCAAAGGGAAAGUGAACCUCAUAGUCCCCAGGGAAGUUAGUUAUGCUUUGCCGCAUCCACAACCGGUGCUGAUCCGUGCGGACGGUAUGGGGUGUGCGCAGUCCGGUGCUUUCUAAUCGCUUGCGCAAAGCUCGUUUCAAAAAGCUUCUGUGUGCCCACGUGUCUUGCAGAUGCAUGUGAAAGCAUUGCUUUGGUAUUGUUUUAGGGUACUCACUUGUUUAAAUCGAUUCAUAAUGGAACACAGACACCCACGGUCACAUGCCGAUCUACACAAUAGCCCUGGAAUCUGAUAGGUAUGAAAAUCUGAGCGCGCCUGACUCGAACAAAAAAUAGAACAAAAAAAAAAAAAGUUCACUCAACAUAUUGGAAAUAAUGCAAACAAACCCCCGUAACAUGUACUAAACCCCUCACCAACAGGAAAACACAGCGAAAACCAGUGAUUGAACCAGUAAUUGUUUUAGGCCUGUACGACAAGGAAUGAAUAAAAUAAUUUUUGUUUAACAGUUUU